UCAAAGAGAAUGAACGGGGCUUUAGAUCACCCCGACCAGCCUGAUACUGACUCCAUCAAGAUGUUUGUGGGUCAGAUUCCACGUCCCUGGACAGAAAAGGAGCUUAGAGAGCUCUUUGAACAGUAUGGUGCAGUCUACGAAAUUAACGUUUUGCGAGACAGAAGUGUAAACCCUCCUCAGAGUAAAGGUUGCUGCUUUGUUACCUUUUACACUCGUAAGUCUGCACUGGAAGCACAAAAUGCCCUUCAUAAUAUGAAGAUUCUUCCUGGGAUGCAUCAUCCAAUUCAGAUGAAACCAGCUGACAGUGAGAAGAAUAACGCUUUAGAAGAUCGGAAGCUGUUUGUGGGUAUGAUUUCAAAGAAGUGUUCAGAGAAUGAUAUCCGGCUAAUGUUUUCACCUUAUGGACGUGUUGAAGAAUGUAGGAUAUUACGAGGGCCCGAUGGCCUCAGUAGAGGUUGUGCUUUUAUUACUUUCACUUCACGAGCCAUGGCACAUAAUGCUAUCAAAGCAAUGCAUCAGUCACAGACAAUGGAGGGUUGUUCUUCUCCUAUAGUAGUGAAAUUUGCAGACACGCAGAAAGAUAAGGAGCAGAGAAGGCUUACACAGCAAUUACAGCAACAGAUUCAACAGUUAAGUGCUGCUUCUAUUUGGGGAAACCUCACUGGUCUCAAUGCUCUUGGACCCCAAUACUUAGCACUUUAUUUGCAGCUCCUGCAGCAGACAGCCUCAUCUGGGAACCUGAACUCCUUGAGUGGCCUUCAUCCUAUGGGAGGACUAAGCACAGUGCAGUUACAGAAUCUUGCUGCAUUGGCAGCUGCUGCUACUGUCGCACAGAAUGCUCAGGGUAGCACUAAUGCACUGAACACAUCCAGUAGCCCUCUUAGUGUCCUCAACAAUUCAGCAGGGUCUUCACCUAAUUCCAGCAGUAGUUCUUCAAUGAAUCCAAUGGCUUCUCUUGGAGCACUGCAGACACUUGCAGGUAGUUCUGCGGGUCUUAAUGUAGGCUCUUUAACAGGAAUGACAGGGCUGAAUGGUGGAUUAGGCAGUGGGAAUCUUUCAAAUGGCUCAGGCAGCACAAUAGAAGCACUUUCUCAAGCAUAUUCUGGAAUCCAGCAGUAUGCAGCAGCUGCCCUGCCUUCACUUUAUAAUCAGAGCUUGUUGUCACAACAAAGCUUUGUAGCUGCUGGGAGCCAAAAAGAGGGUCCAGAAGGAGCAAAUCUCUUCAUUUAUCACCUUCCACAGGAGUUUGGAGACCAAGACUUGCUACAGAUGUUCAUGCCCUUUGGGAAUGUCAUCUCUGCCAAAGUUUUCAUUGACAAGCAGACAAAUCUCAGCAAAUGUUUUGGGUUUGUUAGUUAUGACAAUCCUGUUUCUGCUCAGGCUGCCAUCCAGUCAAUGAAUGGGUUUCAGAUUGGCAUGAAACGACUCAAGGUCCAGCUGAAGCGAUCCAAAAAUGAUAGCAAACCAUACUGAGCCACUUUCUGUUAUGGACUUAACUUAGGUUCUCUGAUCUCUUCGUACCCGUUUGUUCAUCGUUUUUGCCUAGCAUGUCGAUGUGACGUCCAAGUUCAUCGUCCAAAUCCUUGUCUCUGAGCUUCUCUGAUGCUUGAACUUUCACCUUUGACCUUGUGUUCACCUUUUGAUGCUGAUGUAUUUAAAAUAUAUUACAUUUGUUCCUUCAUUUUUGUCAUUUGUGCUGCCAACUUGGUUUUGCUAGAAAGACUGCUGAAGGGGGAAGAGAUUGUUUAAUCAGACAUUUGAAUAUUGUUACAAAAAUAUAUAUUUUUCUAAAGGUAACCACUUGAUUUUGUGAAUAUUCUUUGUACUUGUUUUUGGGAGCAGCCUUUCUAGCUUGCCAGAGCUAGUGUUUGUGUCUGUGUGAAAAUGCAGCCAAUCUGUUAGUGAAUUAUUUUUCUUACAUAUAUUUUGGUUUUUAAUCAAAUAGAAAAUAUGAAAUUUAGUAAAGUGCAUCUGCCAGGAUGAUACUGUGGGGGCAUGUAUUUAUUGAGCAGAAAAUAUUUGAAGUGACAGGGGCACUUUUGUUGAAGGAAACAAUACGGACUAGUCAUAGGACAUUAAAGUAAUAUACUAAAGAACUUGCAAAAACCUGUGAAUUGAUGCCCUCUGCCCACUACACAACAAAAAAGAAAUGUCUGCAUUUUCCUACCUAUAUUUUUGUGUGGGGAUACUGUUUGGUUAUCAUUUGUCCAAGUUCAUUUUUUUCAAUAGCAGAAACCUAAGUUCCAUGUUGUCUUGUCAUUUUUUUUUUUGGUAAGUCCUGCUUGCAUGUUUUCUGUGACUGCACUGAAUUUCUUAGAAUGUGACUUUUUUAAUCAUAGUGCCAACAAAAGGUUUGCAUGUCUAUGCUGUUUCUUUACCUCCCUGUUUUUUCCUCUGUUUUCUUUUCUGUAGUUUGUGUGUCAGUAAUAACCUAAAAAUUAAUAGGUUUGAAAUAUAUUUUUUAAAAAAGUGUUUUGUGUGUGUGUGUUUUGAUGUGGCAAAAUACAUAACCGGGUGCUGUCUGAGGCAUCUCCACCCCCUUUGAGUGUUUAGACUAUGGGCAGAUACUGCAUUGAUAGAGGAGGGUUGAAUUUAACAGGGCCCAAUAGGCAUUCCUAAUAUGAGAGUUUGGGGGACAGAACUGGUUAAAAAUCAGCCAACUUUUAUUAUUGUGGUCGAUCUGAAUACAGAGCUCAUCAUAAGUGUGAUGGCAAUUUUGUCCUUUGCCAAUUUUCAGAUUGUUACAGAUUUGUUGCUUAUUUUGUUUUGAGUACUCCAUUGUUAUGAUCCAUCUGAUUAUAAACUUAAUUGUUUUUAACUCAGUGUUUUUUAUGCCUACACUUUGAAGCAGGCAUUGUAAGUACCUGUUUAGCAGUUACCCAUCUCUCUGUAUGAUUUUUCAGCCUUACCUCUGCACUUCGUGUCAUUUGAAUUUGGGUAUACUAACCAUGAUACCAAGAAAAACAGACUCUGUAUGGACACAGUGUUAAGAACUGGAAGUCCAGACUUUAUUUUUUUAACUUGAAUCUGUCCUUGCAAUACUUUCUUCCCUUUCUGUGUUCAUGAUUCAAGCAUGUUAUCAGUAGUUACCAUUCAAGACUCCCCAAGCUGUGUUCAGAGUUUCUGACUGAGAAGAAUUUGCAUUAGUUUGUUUGCUCCUGCAAAUUGAUAUAUGCUGUGUGUUGGUGUUACUGAGGAGUACAGGUCUGUUUAAAAAGCUGUAGGAGGGAUCAUAAACUAGGGUAAAAUCAUAAGUGCAGUAUUUCAUCACAUUGCAAAGUAUAGUGAAUGCAACUGUUCAGGCUUUUAUCCAAGUUAAAAGCACAAUAUGGUAACACAAAUGCUGGUUCAGUGCCAGUUAAACUCGUAGUUGGAUAAAACCCUGAACAUUGUAUUCACUGACAUUUGACUCCUGUCAAAUUGAAGCGCUUACCACGUGUCACCAAUAGAUCAGUACCUGUCCUACCACAUUAUUUUUUCUGGCAGCUGAUCAACCAGUCUAAAAUCUGUUGCAUCUGGUAGCUGUGGAGCAGUUGUAAUAAUAAAUCCCAGUCAAAAUUCCAGGGACUAAUGACAUAAUGACGAAUGAUAUCCUGUUCAUUUGUUUUCACCUUUUUAUGGAAGAAAGUACAUAUUGGCAUUUUUGUCUAUCGUUAGGGCUGCAAACGACUUUUGUGAAGUGGGAAGCUUGGAUUACAAACUGCAGGUUCAUGCUUCUUGGAUCCAAGUCAUGUAGUAUAGUUGCCUGUUAGAAAUGGAGUUGAGAUGUGACCAGGCAAUGUCUUGUUUCCUUCCAUAAGAACCCGUGUAUUAUAUACAUACAGAGUUGUAGCAGCUGGUAACAAACUUUGGGGGACUCUGGAAAUAUGUAAUACAUACUACUUUCCAGUCUGUGGUUGCUUUGGUAAAUUGAUAGGUCAUAUAACAUGUUUUCACAUGGCAUUGAGAUAUCAUACUCGGAAAAAAUGUUUGUGGGGGUAUUGAAGGCUUGGUGCUUUGUUGAAAUGGUUGGCCUGAAGUGGAGGAAGUGGCUUAAUUGUAUUGCUUUGUUACCAUAGUCAAAACACCCUCAGUAUUUCCUCAUCCUGCAACCAUUUGUAUCAGUGGGUGUGCACAUGCAAAAGUAGUGUUGCCAAAACGUUUUUUCAUGAUGUAGUUCUCUGUUUCAUCCAGUAUCUCUGAUUAAAGUGGGAUAAACUGUAGGGUAUGAGAUAGGCCAAGUUUUGCAACUACUAGCAUGUUUCCAGAUUGAAAUGAGAUACUGAUACAACUCACCUUCCUACCUUCCAGCUGCUUUUUGUGGGAAAAAAAAUAAAAUAAAAAAAAAUUAAUUUUUUGAGAAACCUGUGGGCUUUUUUAUUGGUACAAACUGAUUGUAUUUAACACUAGGUUUUGUACAGUUUUUUGCCUUUUGUACUAGAAAAAUGUAAAGCAGUUUCACAAUGUGAAGAUAAAAAGAAUUUGCCACUAUGACCAAACUUACAAAAUGUACUGCAGUAAUUUAAGUAAUAAAAAAAUAUGUACAGUAUGCUUUACUUUGAAACAGAUGCUUUCUUUUUAAUUUGCUAAUGUGUUCUUGUGUGUGAAAUGAAUUUUGAUGUUAUUUCUGUAGAAAAAAAUAUAUAUUUCAAUGGUAAAAACCACUUGUGACUUUAUUUUUGAGGCAGAGUUCUGAGUUUUGUGUAAUGAAUAUGAAAGAAAUGUUACAAGUUUGAAACAAGUGAGAAUGUUAGCUUUUUUUCACCCCCCCCCCUUUUUUUGUCCUAAUUUUGGUACUAAAAUGUUUUAAUUGUGAGUACAUAGAUAUACAUCUAUAAAUAUAUACAUACACACACUGACAAGCAGUCAUUUUGUAUGCCAAGUGUGGUACCUAUCUUUGUUUAUUUGCUAUUAAACUGUUUGAGGUUAA